AUCAAAACAAAGGAAAAUAAAACAUUACAAAUGAUUGCGAGUUGCAAUCUUCUGGAGGAUUCUAGGAUUGUAGAAUACUUAUAUUAUAAUAUUUAGAGCUGAUGAAACAUUGGAGAUUUGAAUAAAAAGGGCGACAGGUACUGUUGAAGGCAGAGUUGGCUGAAAAACACCAGACUGUUUUUCUGGUUUCGUUUAGACGCCAUUGUCAAGGACAACAAUUGGAGCUGUACUCGAUAUUAAGAUGUCUGUUAAAGAGAUAAAAUUAGAGAAGUAUAUCAAGGAGGUGUUUGAAGAAGAGAUGAAUCGUGAUGAUCGGUUUCUGGAAGUUGAUGAUUUGAAGAUAUUAAUAAGGGGAGAUAAGUCUGAUGAUACUGUAAGAAGAUCUAUAAUUGGUUACCCUAGUUACCCAUUAUAUCGUGAUAUAGCUGGAAUGUUACAGAUCUGGAUGAACACUAGAUCGUGUCCUGUUUUAGAUUUGCCUAAUUAUGAUUUACUAGAUGAACAGUCGUAUGUACAAUACAGGAGUGCUGUUAUUUUGUCUAUAACACCAUUGCUGGAUGGUCUGAAGACAUUGUGGUCUAUAUGGGUUGAUGGAGAAAUUAAAUUUAGACUGCGACAGAUAUUGAUGUUAUUGGGUAAAAGGGGCAUAAUGGAUCUAUUGGGGAUCAGAAAAACGGUUGGAACAAAAGAAAUAUUACCACCACCACGUUCCGUAUUAAUGGAGUCUUUCAAAGAAAAAUGCUCCGAGAAAUCACAGCUUUGGGUAGGAUCGAGGGCGCUGGCGAAACAUUACCAUAGAGACGAGGGACAUUCAUGGUGGGGUAACUCGACAGGCACUGAGUCGGAAAAGAAUGCUUACGCUUUGAGCAUCGUAAAUAGAAUUCUAGAUGGCGCCACAUGGAUUAAUAUACAUUGGUUACCGCACGAUGUGUUUGUAAUCGAGGCAAGAGAGGAGAAGGGCUAUGGGGCCAGAUGGACAGCUGAUGGCACAAGUUUUAGGGGUUUUCUCGAACCCCAGAUGGUGGACGGGCAUGAAGUAGGAUGGCGCCACUGAAUAGUUUGGAUUUCACCUUAAUUGACAGACAGUUGGUUAUACAAGCACCUAUAAUAAAGAUUCAACAUGCGUUUUUGCUCACCCGACAUUGAUAGUUGCUCAAUUCACAUAAUCACGAACUUUAAAGCGAACGAUGUAAUUUUCAUUUUUCGUCUACCAAUGUCUAAUUUGUCACUGAUAAGUGUACGGUAACAUGCAAAAAAUAAACAAAAAAUACAGCAUAAUAACUGUAGAUAAUUUCACAACUUGUAUUCGAUCGGUUUUAAACAAAAAUAUCAACAUUUUUUAUCCUGUGUUAUUUUUAUUGUCUGAAGAAUGCUGAAUGUUGACAGAUUUUCAAUUCAUAUCUUUGUAAAUACUGGAUCCAAGUUCACAAAACAUUUUCAGACUCAAGUUAAAAUUGUUCCCCUUAUCUUAACUA